AUGGUAAAAUCGUAUUCUAGAUAUGAGCAUAGUGCUUCAUUCGGUGUCAUUUCUUCUCUGAGUAAUGUGGUUUAUAUGCCUCAACAAUCCGGAAGGGCACUUAGUAGUGGUUUGGAAGAUAUAUUAUUGUGGAAUAUCAAAACCGGAGAAUUAGUUCAGAAACUUAGAGAUGGCGUUGAUGUGGGUGCCUCAAACUCGAAAACAUUGACUGCCCCAGCUAUUGUCACAUACCUUCAAUAUCAUGAACAAACAAAUAUUGCAGCAGCUGGUUACUCUGAUGGUUCUAUCAAGAUUUGGGAUCUCUCAUCAAGUUCUGUUUUAAUCGUAUUCACCGGCCACAAAUCUGCAAUCACUCAUUUAAUGUUUGAUAACUCAGGUACAAGAUUAUGUUCUGGCUCAAAAGACUCUAAUAUCAUUAUGUGGGACCUUGUGGGUGAAGUGGGCUUGUUUAAAUUGAAAGGUCACAAAGACCAAAUCACGGGAUUUAGUUUUGCCAGCGACAACAACAAUGCUGAUAUAGAUGAAAUGGAAGAAUGGUUGAUAAGUACCUCUAAGGAUGGUUUAAUAAAAUUAUGGGAUUUGAAGUCGAAGAUCUGCGUUGAAACACAUGUUGCUCAUUCCGGGGAAUGUUGGUCUUUUGAUUAUGAUCCAAAAUCCCAGGUUUUGAUUACUUCGGGGAUGGAAAAUCAAUUGAAGGUAUGGUUUGUUAACUUAGAAAGUGAAGACUCUAAAUUAAUUGAAAAGGGGAUUUACUUGAAGCAAUCUAAUUCAAGAGCAACCAAUAUUGAAUUCAAGUAUCUUAGUUCAAAACUCAUUUUUUUUAUGUGCCAAAAUUCGGAUAAGACCAUUGAGUUAUUUAGAAUACGAACAUCAGAAGAGGUUGACAAAGCUAUAUCCAGAAAAAUCAAAAAGUUAUCAGAAAAGGGAAACUAUACUGAAGAAGAAAUAAAUGAACAGAUUGAGUCUGGUAAAAUCAAUAUGUUGAUACAUCCAAUCACAGUUAUCCGUUCCUUAGCUAAAAUAAAAUCAUCAACUUGGGGUCUGUGCACAAGCAAAGGCUUGGAAAUUUUGAUUUCCGCAAACAAUAACUCGAUUGAAUACUAUCAUGUUAACUUGCCAGCACAGGUACGCAAGAUUUCCAUCACUAACAAUGAAAUUCAGCCUGUUAAGAAACAUGCUGUAGAUCUACUUGGACAUAGAACUGAUAUCCGGUCAAUGGCAAUUUCCCAUGAUGAUAAAUUGCUUGCUACUGCUUCAAAUGGUGAACUAAAAAUUUGGAAUAUUAAGACUAAGAACUGUUUGAGAACAAUUACAUGUGGCUACUCCAUUUGCUGUCAAUUUUUACCUGGUGAUGGUCUUGUAGUUAUUGGUACAAGAUCUGGUGAUUUGCAGUUGUUUGAUUUGGCAUCAUCAGAAUUAGUUUCAGAAAUUACUGAGGCUCAUGACAGUGCAAUUUGGUCUUUGGAUUUGACUGAAGAUGGUAAAACAUUAGUUACAGGAUCUGCGGAUAAAUCUAUCAAAUUCUGGAAUUUCAAGGUUGAGGAAGAAACAGUUCCAGGCAGUAACUCAACAUUUAGAAAAUUGAAGAUGGUUCAUUCUAAGACAUUGGAGCUUGAUGAAGACAUUUUAUCCAUAAAAAUUUCUAGAGAUAACAAAUAUUUGGCGGUUUCAUUGUUGGACAACACCGUCAAAGUCUUUCACUUUGCCACAUUGAAAUUUUACUUAAGUUUAUAUGGUCAUAAGUUACCAGUGCUAUCAAUUGAUAUUUCUUUCGACUCAAAGCUUAUCGUGACUUCCUCCGCUGAUAAGAAUAUCAAAAUUUGGGGUCUUGAUUUUGGUGAUUGUCAUAAAUCCAUUUUUGCCCAUCAAGAUUCUAUUAUGAAUGUCAAAUUUUUGCCAGAGAGUCAUAAUUUCUUCUCGACAUCAAAGGAUGGAAUGGUAAAGUACUGGGACGGUGACAAAUUCGAAUGUAUCCAGAAAUUAGCGGCGCAUCAGUCUGAAGUUUGGGCGUUGGUAAUUGCUUAUUCUGGCGAGUUUGUAAUUACUGCAUCCCACGAUCACAGUAUCAGAAUAUGGGAGGAAACCAGUGAUCAGGUCUUUAUUGAAGAAGAAAAGGAAAAGGAAAUUGAAGAAUUAUAUGAGCAAACAUUAUUGGAGUCUCUUGAAAAUGAUGAUAUUGUUCCUAGAAAUUCUGAGGAUGACAAUGAUGAAGUUGAAGGUGUGAAUAAGCAAACCAUAGAAAGUUUGAAAGAUGGUGAAAAAUUGAUGGAAGCGUUAGAUAUUGGCAUAGAGGAUAUUGAAAAGCAACAAGAUUAUGAACUGAAACUUAAUGGACAUAAAAAUGGCUUGAACGAUGUACCGAUCAAGCCAGACAGACAUAUUAUGUUGUUAGCCAAAAAUGUUAGCGCUCAAGAAUAUGUUUUCCAAGUUACCAAAAACAUCAAGGCUUCUCAUCUUGAAGAUGCUAUCUUAGUUUUGCCAUUUUCCUAUUCUGUCAAGUUAUUAAAGUUCUUGGAUUAUUGGACUUCUGAAAAGAAAUAUUUGCUUAAUAAUUUGUCCUUGGUCUGCAGACUUUUGUUUUUCAUCAUCAGAAUCCACCACAAAGAAUUAAUUAGUACCAAGGAUUCCGCCAUCAAAAGAAGAUUAACUGAUGUUAAAGACAAAUUGAGAAAUGAAAUGAAAUCAAUAAAUGACGACUUAGGUUAUAAUAUCCAAGGUUUGAAGUUCAUUAAAACGCAAUGGGCUUUGAAGCACAGCAAAGAAUUUGUUGAUGAAUAUAAACAAACUUCAACUGAAGAUAAAUUCUCAAAGAAGAGAGUAUUCGAAAAGGUUAUUUGA